ACCUACGAACGGACCGUGAUCCUCGCCCUAACAGUUGUAGGUAAGGGUUAGUAGCUAACAGUGCUUCUCUACUCACUUACUACACCAGUCAUAAUGCCACUAACAAACUCGACAUCCCUAAAGAUAAACCCCCUACUCCUCCUCGCCCUGGUGAGGCCACCCAUCACUUGGACAACACGAAUCGACAGCUACCCACACGAACUAUAUGACCGCAUCCACUGGCACAACCUUUUUUGCUCUUUUUUGCUCGUUUUUUCAUCGCAUAUAUGCCCUUACAACUCACCCAACUUCCUCACACGCCCGCUCCCUCGUCCGCCUGCCCGUCGCAACCCGGCCUAUGCAUCUCCGACACACCUUGCGCUCGUCCCCAAAGCGCCGUCGUGAGCCUCCGUACGCAGGCGUACCCGUACUGUAGAUAAGUGCAGGCCGGCAGUCCCUCUCCGCGUCUCGGCGAGGGGUAGCCGGCGCGCCCAGGACAGACCGGGC